CCAGCCCUUUCCUGUCUCCUGCGCGAGUCCUUCCUAGCCACUACAACAUCAGCCACCGUCUGUUCUGGAUGCAUCGCCCUCAAGCUCAGAAGGCUCUCUCACACAGGGACGGAGAAAUGCGAGCAACAAUCCAUCAUCGCUAAGUGCAGUGGUAGAUAGCCAUAGCUCCGAUACCCACCCAGAGAGUGUGAGGUUCGGCCAGCUGUCGCCUCGCCUGACACGCCCGCCAUCAUCGUCAUCCCCUAACGCGUCAGCAAAUGCACUGACAUAGAGGAAGACGAUGAUUGCCAGCAAGACAUGUCAGCGAGAACGGCCGGCCCAAUACGCGCAUAACAACAGCAAGCCACCCCAUGCCCAUGUCUGUCUCCCUUCCCCCUCCUUGUCCCCUGACAGUUUGCUGUUCUUCCCUGACCGUUGUGUGCCUGCGCUGCGUCUGGUAUCGCAUCAUCACUUGCACACGGCCAUUGGAGGAUGGCUCGGCGCAAGUGCUGAUGCGACACCAGGCGGCACACACACACGAACACAACACGGCACAGCUACAAUCCAGCACGACAUCAGACACACCACCACAGAUGAAUGCACCUACUGAUAAAUCUCCAUCUUGGAUAAAGUGACACUGGUUCCCGCGCGCGGACAGACAGACAGACAGACAGACAGACAGACGGUACUGUACACUUGAACAAAGAAAAAGAUAGACGGUGUCACGUAUAUUCACAGUGACACACACGCCAUCUACACUGUACACGCACCAUCGCCAGCCGGGGGUGGUCUCUGUCUGUCUGUCUGUCUGUCUGUCAUAAUGGUCCCUUGAGCAGUCUGGUGAAGAGGCCUCUCUUCUUCUUGACUGGCGUGCUGUACACAGUCUUCUCUGCAGACGGGACACACACACACACGCACACACAGAGAGAUAGAGAUAGAUGAGUCACGCUACAAACGCCCACGCCCUUCCGUCCAUUGCGUCGUGUGUGCCUAUCUGUGUACUUUACUUACUGCAGAAACGGCAUAUGAUCCACUGGUUCAUCGGGCCGGUCCCAUCGCGAUAGCAAGACGUACACUUGAACGUCUGUAAAGACACAGUGACAGACACAUACAGACCACGCAUCCGGCACCGCCGGCGCCUGCAGCUCUCUCCCUCCUCCCUCACCCCCAUGUUGGCUGUUGCCGUUUCUGUCGUCCCGCCAGCAGGCUCCUGGUGCCCGCCCUCAGCCACAGGCGGCUCACUGCUCGACGCCGCCUUCCCGCCACCGUGGUCGGCGCUGUUUGACACGUGCUGCGUGAGGACGGGAGAACCGUAUGGUGACGGCCUGUCUUGGGCUUCAAGCAGCUCUGGGUUAAAUGGUGGAGGGGGUGCGAGGGACGGGUACAGGCCGUUGGUGUCGGACGCAUCGGCAGGGGCAUGAUCAGACGCCAUGACGAAAGAUCUCGGCGAAGAAAGGAUCCGUCUCACUUUGUUGGUAGGGCUGGG